UCGUACGAUACUGUUCAGUUUACCCAUAUUUUAAAUUGACUGAAGAUAUCACAGUAUUCUAGGUGUUUGGCCAUGGAUCUGACAAGAGUUGUGCAGUUAUUUCUGAUACACUUGAUGUCGCUAGGUUUGAAUUCAGCAGAAUCUGGUGAAACCGACGUCGCACCUCAUGAUACCUCAGAUGAGUUUUCGACUCCGAACAUUCCUUCGAGGUUCUCGUGGGGCUACUCCAAUGGAUCCUCCACCCCUUCAGAGCGACGCGACCCAGCCUCGGCGGAGGCCGACGAUGAUGAAGACCCUCAAGCGAGGGUCCUUUACUGGAUCCCCACGACGUGUGACUCGUUAUCUGAGAGGGGCUACACCUGUGUCGGUUGCGGCGAAUCUCUGCACUGCAUGGCGGGCAACUUUGCUUUGAAAGCCAUCUGCUACGGCCGCCGCCCGUACUGUUACAACGGCGUGUGUUCAUACAUCCGCGGCGAGAAGUGCCAGAAGGAAGGACUGGAGACCUCACAAACUGACAUACUACCCAAUAAUCACAGUAUAUAUAAUAAUGCCACCAUAACUGACGAAAUUCAGCCUGCAGUCUCUAAUGUAGAUGCCAUCGAAGGAAGUAUGUGAUCUGGAUUGUUUUUAAUUUAUUUUA